AUGGCUCCCAAGGCCACGCCCAAAGCUGAGCCCAAGACGGCAUCAAAUGAAGAAAAGAAGAUAUUUGUGCAUCCGUCAGCCAAACAUGCCCGUAAAACGGCCAUCAAGAACGCCUUUGCGAUUGAGCCCAUUUCGGCUUUCUACAUGUUUCUGGGUGCCAACCUCAUAGCCGCCCUCUUCGCCCCGAUCCAGGACUGUGACGAGACCUUCAAUUACUGGGAACCCACGCACUACCUCAGCCAUGGCUAUGGGUUGCAGACGUGGGAGUACUCCCCCGAUUAUGCCAUCCGCAGCUGGCUAUACAUUGCCAUCCACGCCAUCGGCGCCAACUUCCGCCGCCUGCUACCACACUCGACCAAGGUCGCCGAAUUCUACUUUCUCCGCUACGUGCUCGCCUUUGCCUGCGCUCUCUGCCAAACGCUCAUGUGGAGGGCUGUCUGCCUGGCAUUGAACCCACGUGUCGGCAUUAUCUUCAUCCUAGCACUAGUCUUCAGCCCAGGCAACUUCCAUUCCAGUACAGCCUACCUACCGUCCAGCUUUGCCAUGUACAUGGCUAUGGUGGGCGCCGCCUGCUUCAUGAACUGGCGCGGCGGCCUGAAGACGUCGCAGGGCAUGUUCUGGUUUGCCUUGGGCGGCGUCCUCGGCUGGCCCUUUGCCAUUGCCUUGUGUGCACCCUUCGUUUUCGAGGAGGUCUUUUUUGCCAUGCUGAGCGAUAAGGAACGUUUCUUCGAGGCGUGCAUCAGGCUUGUGCGCGGUGUGGUAGCGACGCUGGUGCUAGUAGCCGCCGAUACCGCCAUCAACGCCUUCUUUUACCGAAAGCUUGAAUUCGUCUCGUGGAACAUCAUCAAGUACAACAUCUUCUCCAACACCGGCGGCCCUGACCUCUACGGCACCGAGCCGUGGACCUUCUACUUCAAAAACCUCCUUCUCAACUUCAACAUCUGGUUCAUCCUCGCCCUCCUCUCCCUCCCACUCUUCCUCCUCCAAAAACUCUUCUCCCGCCGCAGCACAGGCGAGUCCUUCCAGUCCGGCCUACGCACCGUCGUCUUCCUCUCCCCCUUCUAUAUGUGGCUCGCCAUCUUCACCCUCCAACCCCACAAAGAAGAACGCUUCAUGUACCCGGCCUACCCCUUCCUCGCCCUCAACGCCGCGCUCGCCCUCCACACCUUCCUCACCCUCUUCGGCAACGCCGACCCCAAGACCUCCCUCCUCGGGCGCAUCCCCGCCAAGCUCAAGCUCGCCGCGAUCCUCCUCCCCCUCGCCGCGUCCGCCGCCAUCGGCGCCGCGCGCGUGUGGGGCCUGCACGCGGGCUACCACGCGCCCCUCGCGGUGUACACCCCCCUCACGGACAGCGCCGUCGCCGGGCCCGGCGACACCGUGUGCCUGGGCAAGGACUGGUAUCGGUUCCCGACGUCCUUCUUCCUGCCGCGCGGGAUGCGCGCCAAGUUUGUGCGCUCCGAGUUCCGCGGCCUGCUACCCGGCGAGUUCUCCGAGGCCCGCACGGGUUUUGGGUUUUGGAGUGGUACCUGGCUGCCGACCACGGGGAUGAAUGGCCGCAAUGAGGAGGAUGUGGGCAAGUAUGUGGAUUUGAGGGCGUGCGUGUUUUUGGUGGAUAGCCAUUUCCCCGAGAGGGUGGGUGCCGAGGAGGGGGAGUUGCCGCCGAAUGAGCCGGAUUAUUCGAAGGAUGUGGAUCGUUGGGAGGAGGUGCUGUGUCUGCCGUUUUUGGAUGUGGAGAGGACGCAUUUUCUGGCGAGAGCGCUGUGGGUGCCGGACUGGGAGGUGGUGCCGGAGCGGUUUAGGAGGAAGUGGGGGAAGCAUUGCUUGUUGAAACAAAAAAAAUAG